AUGAAGAAAGAUGUCCCUUUUACAUGGGACCAAGCUUGUCAGAAUGCUUUAGACAACAUCAAGAAAUACCUGCUUAAUGCCCCGGUGUUAGGAGCUCCAACACCUGGAAAACCGCUUGUACUAUACAUUGCGGCUCAAGAGGAAUCGCUCGGGGCUCUCCUCGCACAAAAUAAUGAAGAGAAUAAGGAAAAGGCUUUAUACUAUUUAAGUCGGAGGCUGACUGCAACAGAGCUUAAAUAUCCUUCAAUUGAGAAGACUUUCAAAGGACAAGCCCUUGCCGAUUUCUUAGCUGAUCAUCCAAUAUCAGCUGAUUGGGAGAUUUUUGAAGACUUUCCUGACGAGGAAGUGUUCUUUGUUGAUGUCCUUCUGCCAUGGAUGAUGUUCUUUGAUGAUGCAGCACGGUCCGAAGGAGCAGGAGCAGGCGUGGUGUUUAUUUCUCCACAAAGACAAAUUUUGCCAUAUACUUUUUCGUUUCCCGAAAAAUGCUCAAAUAAUAUGGCUGAGUAUCAAGCCUUGAUAAUUGGUCUCCAAAUGGCAAAUGAAAUGAAGAUUUCAAACAUUGAAGUUUAUGGUGACUCCAAAUUGGACAACGUUGUCUUAGAACAUGUCCCAAGGGAAGAAAAUCGCUUAGCGGAUGCUUUGGCUAACUUAGCCACAGCAAUAGCAUUGGGAGAAGCUGAGGCAAUUACCGUCCCAGUAUGCCAACAGUGGGUAUUGCCGCAGUUGCUCGAGGGCCAGUUGGAAGAAACAAAUGAAAUCUCUAUUCGGGUCAUGGAAACUGAAGACUGGAGAUGA